GAAUAAUAAUAACGUAAAAGAACUUUGACGUUUAGUCCAUAAUACAAGAUUUGAAAAAUAGAUGCUGAAACUGCGUUGAAAUGUCAGCUUUCAAAUUAGGCCGCAACGUUCUCAACAUCAAUCUGCUAAACUGUUCUAAAUAUGGUAAAUCUCAAAAUUUUCAUAUUACUAGAUACGCUUACAGUACUAAUUCGAAGCCCCAGAGAAGUACGUUGAAAUUGAGCAUAAUUGGGGCCACUGUUGGAGUCGUUAUUGGAAGCGCCUACUCUGGUUACAAUGCAUAUGCUGAGAACAGAAAAACGCCGGUUUCACUAAGUCAUGAAAAUAAACCUUUCAAGCUCGAAAAAAUGCCUGAUUACCAAGCUACGAGACAAAUUAAAAUGUUACAAGACAAGACAAAGCUCAAACUAGUACUAUUUCAAUAUCAAACAUGCCCAUUUUGCUGUAAAGUGAGAGCAUUUUUAGAUUAUUAUGGAUUCUCAUACGAUGUAGUAGAAGUCGAUGCAGUAUUAAGGCAAUCUAUUAGGUGGUCAAAGUAUAAAAAAGUACCUAUAUUAGUAGCCAAAAGUGAAGAAGGAUAUUACCAGUUGAAUGACAGUUCAAUGAUUAUAUCUUUAUUAGCAUCCUAUAUGUGCGACAGUAAACAAACUGUCAGCGAGCUAGUUAAUUAUUAUCCAACAGUAGAAAUGUCCGAUGAAGCAGGGAAUAAAAAAAGUGAUAUCAUGAAUAAAUAUAACUUGAUGUUUCAAGAUAAGAAGUCAAAAAGAUCAUCUGAUGAUGUAUUAUGUGAACGAAAAUGGAGAAUGUGGGCUGAUGAAAACCUUGUUCAUAUGUUGUCUCCAAAUGUAUAUCGAACUUAUUCUGAAUCUAUUGAAACAUUUAAAUGGUUUUCAAAGUCAGGAGAGUGGGAUUUGCAUUUUCCUGCAUGGGAGGUAGCUUUAAUGGUACAUGUAGGUGCAUUGGCCAUGUGGCUCAUAAGUAAAAAACUUAAAACGAAAUAUAAUUUAAAAGAUGAUGUGAGAGAAUCAUUGUAUGAUAGCUGUGAUGAAUGGACAAAAGCUUUGCAAAAACAGAAGACUCCAUACAUGGGUGGAAAAUCACCAAAUCUUGCUGAUCUUGCUGUAUUUGGAAUUUUAAAUAGCUUUGAAGGUUGUGAAGCCUUUUCAGAUGUUCGUAAAAAUACUAACAUUGGAUUUUGGUAUGAUGCCAUGAAACAAGCCGUAAAAUCAAAUGCUGGAAAUAAGCUACUGCUUAAAGCAGCGGGAUAAAAGUGUAUUCGAUUUUGAUGAGGAAGUUCCAUAUAUAUGUUGACAGAAUAAAUCUAAUUAAUUCCAAAAUAGUGUCUGUUUGUUUUAUAGGUAUCUUUACUGCUUAAUUAUUUAAGAUAUAAUUUUAUUGCC